AUGAGUUGGAUGGAUUCAUGGUCUAGACCGGGCAAAAGAUCCGCUGUCCCUCCACCGUUCUACUUGACCCAAGAAAAUGCUGCAUACUGUCAGACUUGUGGGAGAGCCAUGAGCUCCCGCAAGAUCCGACAGGCUCAAACCAAAAUCAUCAAGUAUUGUUCAGAUGGAUGUCGUCACCACAAGCCAGGACCAUUGGAUCGUAAAAUAGAAAAGGUUAUAGUCGCGUUGCUGAAUGCAGAACCGGGAUCAGGGAUUGAAGCGACGGCUGCUAAGUCGAAGUUUGUAAAGGGGGACCGACGGAACAUCAUCGCUAUGCAGGAAGUGGAGGAUCUCAUGUUCCACCCAAAACCUCAACCUGUGAUUGAUGUUUCGGCUUCGCAAUCGACAGCAGAGGCAUUGCAUGACAGUGAUGUUGAUGCUCAGAUCCAUCUUCAAGCACCGCCCUCCGAGGGCAGUGUAGGUGGGCUAGCGAGCCGAGAUGGGUCCCAGGAACCUGCAACAUCUGACAGCACUGAAAGCUACGACGAGAGGAGUCUUCCAGGCGCAUCUCAUUCCACAGCGGAGGAUGAUUUGAAAAAGAAACAAGAGGGUCAUCGUCGUGCAGAGCAAAGAGAGAUGGUCAGGAGAGCGGCCCGGAGACUGAUAGCCUUUGGCUGUGAUCAAAAGCGCCAUGAUAGGCAUAGUUCCCACCCCAAAAAGCCCAACAAGCGUACCACAAAGGCCUCUAUUGCAGCGGACGAAGCGGCAGAGGAGGACAUGGUGCGCCGUAAAUGCGAAGCAUUGAUGAAUGGAGCAGUGGUCGAACCAAGCUUCGCCAAAGGCAAUUGGGCCAUCCGAUGGAGGGAGGAAACAUGACCCGAAUCGAUCUCAACCCAUCACAAGACUUCCAUUGCGACGAUCCAUCAGAUCGGUCCCCCUUCUGCGAAGUAAGCCG